AGAAGGUGCCAAAGUGGUAGAUAUAUAAUUGUUCACCCAUUAAGGCUCAAACACUAGAGUUUAACUUGAACUUGAACUUGAGCAACCAUGGCAACCACCCAGCUACUACUACUUCUCCUCCUCCCUUUCAUUUUAAACCCUUUCCCAAAUGUAGCCGUUUCCGGGGUCGGCAUUAACUACGGCACUCUUGGAAACAACCUCCCACCACCAAAAAGAGUAGCUCAGCUACUACAGUCCACUCUCAUAGACAAGGUAAAAAUUUAUGACACCAACCCGGAGAUCCUCCAGGCCUUCUCCAACACCGGGAUCGACCUCAUUGUCGCCGUGGAGAACUCCCGGGUGGCCAACAUCAGCUCCGACGUGUCCUCAGCCGAUCAGUGGUUCGCCACUCGUGUCCUGCCCUUCAUUCCUGCCACUUCCAUCACAGCCAUUGCUGUAGGAAACGAGUACCUAACUUCAAACAGUGAUCACCAAGUACUUGACCCUGCUGCUCUUGUCCAAGCAAUGCAGAACUUGCAUUCAGUGCUCAUAGCCCGAGCACUUGACAGAAAGAUCAAGAUCACAACUCCACAUAGCAUGGCCAUUUUAGCCUCCUCAUUUCCUCCUUCAGCUUCAACUUUUGCUACAGAUCUCGUACCAACUAUGACUUCAAUAGUUGCAUUCUUGGCUGAUACUGCCUCCCCUUUUAUGAUCAAUGCAUACCCUUAUUUUGCAUACAGGGACAACCCAGACAUGGUUAAUAUACAAUAUGCUUUACUAGGGAACUCAACGUCAACCGGUGUGCGUGACCCCAAGGGGUACACAUACACCAACAUGUUGGAUGCACAGAUUGAUGCUGUUCGGUCUGCGGUUAAUGCACUAGGACUAGGACCACACCGGGCAGUGGAGAUUAUGGUAUCCGAAUCCGGGUGGCCAUCCAAAGGAGACACUAAUGAAAUUGCUGCCACCCCGGAAAAUGCCAAGACUUACAACACAAGGCUGAUCGAACGCGCACAGUCCAACAAAGGAACACCCAUGAAGCCUCUAGACAAGAUUGAGGUGUUUGUGUUUGCUUUGUUUAAUGAGAACAAGAAAGAAGGGGUUGCUAGUGAGAGGAACUUUGGGAUUUUUAAUGGUGAUGGGUCAAAGGUGUAUGAGGUGGACUUGAGCUGCCAGUUUUGCAGUGGUGAUAGUGGUAAUGGUGGUAAUGGAGGGUUUGGUGAGAAACUAUCUGGUGCGGUCAGGGGACCGUCGGUUUGGUGCAUUGCUAAGCCACAUGCUGAUGAGAAGGUGCUUCAGGCUGUGUUGGAUUUUUGCUGUGGCGGUGGCGGUGUGGACUGCAGAGAGAUAUAUGAAAAUGGGGAUUGCUUUGCGCCUGAUAAGCUGCUUGCACAUGCAUCAUAUGCUAUGAAUGCUUAUUACCAGAUGCAUGGAAGGAACUACUGGAAUUGUGACUUCAAGGGCACUGGCUUAGUAACUUUUAGUGAUCCAACUUAUGGGAGAUGCCGGUAUCCUCAACAGUAGAUCAAACAAGGAAGAAUGACAGAGGGCUUAAUGUGGUUCACAGCUACCUAGAUCUGUUCACUCUUCAAUAUUGUUAUGGAAGUAAGAGCUGAGAUUUAUGUGGUAGAAUUAAGAAUGUAGCCUUUGGUUUGUCAGUACCCAAUGUGAAAGAAAGAAAAGUUUGAAUGUGGUUCUCAAGGA